UCUGUUGAAAGAAGAGAAGAAGAAGAGCGAAGCUUCGACACUGGAGAAAAUGGCGAACUCAAGGCUUCUUCUUCGCCCACAGUUCUUCCACACACUACUUCCCGGCUCUCACACUCACCUCAUGAUUCCUGAAGACUUCUUCUCCAAGUACAUUGAGGAGGAAGGAGGAGCAAGCGUGACGGCGGAGUUGAAAUCCGACGCGGCGGAUAGAACAUGGAAAGCGAAGAUGACUGGCCGGAGACUCGGUCAGGGCUGGAGAGAGUUCGCCGUUGCUAAUAAUCUCCGUUUCGGCGGCGUCAUUCUUGUUAGAUACGAAGGAGAUAUGGUCUUCCAUGUUUCGAAUUUAGGUCAAAAUUGCUGUGAGAUUCAAGACAUUUCGCCUGCAUGUGGUGAUAAAACUUUGUUGAAGAAGCGUCUGUAUCCAAGAACACAAGUAGAUAGAUGUGAGGAGGAUGACAUUGAGCUUCCCAGAAACAAGAAAGUGAAGAUGAAAAGUCCAGAAGCAGAAGAACCACUUUCUUCAGAUAACUCCUGCUUUGUGGCUCUUGUCACGCCUUCUAGUCUACGCACAGAUAAACUGUUUCUUCCACAACAUGUUACAAGCUCAAAUGGUCUUACAAGAAAAUGCCGCAAGAUUGUUUUAGUAGAUGGAAGGGAAAAAUCAUGGACAUUGGAUCUGAGCUUCAACAAAUCAUCCGAUACUUUUUACAUGAGCCGAGGUUGGAGGAAUUUCUGUGAAGAAAACGGCCAAGAACCAGGAGGCUUCUUUAUGUUUAAACUAGUGGGAAACGGUGAAACUCCUGUGCUCAGUCUCGGCCUUACAGAAUCUAAUAAUGAUACAAGGUACUGUGCGCAAGCGAGCGAGAGGGAAUCUCUUUCCACAGAACCUAGCAGCAAAGAUGAAUACAUACAAGGCGAGAGCAGUGAAGAGGAUUGCAGCUCAAUGGAUUCGUUGAUGGAGGCCGGCGUUUCGUUUAGUUUGUGCUCUGCAGAUUCUACCAGUGAUAGUGAGCAAGAAGAGUAUUUCAAAGCUAUCAAGAAACAAUCUCUUUUCAAAGAUCCUAGCAACAUAGACAAUAGCAGCAAAGAUCAGAAUAAUAAAGAAGAGAACAUGUCAUGGGAGAGAAAGAAGAGAGGAAGAGAUUCAACUCCAUCGAGCCUAAAACAAUUUGUGACAUUAACGAUUACACCUUCCAGUGUCAGACAAUGUAGACUGGGUCUUUUAAAAAGUUUCACGAGGGACAAUGACAUCAACAAGCCUGGGAUGAUUACUCUGUUGGGCAGAGACGGUACUAGGCAUCAGACUCGAUUGGUGUUCGACAAAGUAAAAAGAAUCAUGGCUUUGGAAGGCGGCUGGAAAGAUUUUGCUGAAGCAAACGGCUUAAAGACUGGCGACUCCUUCACUCUCAAGUUGAUUUGGGAAGAUACAACUCCUGUGCUCAGCUUGUGCCCUGAGGAAUGUAGCUUUGACAGAGGACAAGGAGGAUGUUCAGAAACAAACCAGAAAAAGUCUCCUCCUCCAAUAGAACGUAGCAGCUGUGGGAAAGUCAUCAAGGAGAGAAACAACAGAGAGAACGAUAGUAAAGAGCAGACCAGGUCAAUGGAAAAAGAAAAGAAUCAUGUGAGAGGGAGAGAUUCAACUUCAUCAAGCAAAAAACAAUUCGUGAUAUUAAAGAUUACACCUUCCUGUUUCAUACAGUGUAGACUGGGUCUUCCAGCACAAUUUGCGAGAGAGAAUAGCAUGAACAAGCUCAGAAUGAUAUAUCUGUUGGGUAGAGAUGGUAGAAAGUGGCUGUCAAAAGUUCAACAGGACAAAAAAGGAAGAGUGAGUUUGGGAAAUGGUUGGAGAGAUUUUGCUGAAGCAAACAACCUUAAGUCAGGCGAUUCCUUUACUAUGGAGUUAAUAUGGGAAGAGGAAACUCGUAUGCUCAGAUUGUCAGGUGCAGAGUCUAGCAGUUCAAAAGCAUAUGUUUCCACAGAACCUGGAAGCAGUAGUGAUUCAUCCUCAGCAAUCCAAAAUCGAUCGGUCACAUUAACACUCACACCGGAAGAGGUUAGAGCAUGUAAGCUGCAUCUUCCCAGUGAAUUCAUGAAGGCUAAUGGUAUAAACAGACUUGGGAAGAUAACUCUUUUGGGUGAAAACAAAAGGGAAUGGUCUGCGUAUCUGUUGACAAGAGAUGGAACUGUUGCUUUGGGAAUUGGUUGGGAUGAGUUUUGUGAAGCUAAUGGCGUAAGUUCAGGAGAAUCUUUCACUUUAGAGUUCAGUAAAGAACGAAACAAAACAACUCCUGUACUUAAGUUUUGUUCUCUGGAAACUAACAAAAAGGUAGGAAAAUGUUAAUUAGAUAUAAAAAAAUUUCCAGGUGGUGACAACUCUUUCAUCAUACAAAUAGCAUGUAAAUCAAAUCAUAAUAGCCAUUACCAUCUCCUGUUUUUGCCAGACCAAGUUAAUUUAAAUAUCAAAUAGGAAUUUUUCUUUUUCUUUU